AUGGCACGAUCAAUCAUCCUUUCCUCGGUCCUAUUCGCGCUGCGUAUUGCGGCACAGACAUCUUCGCAAUACAUCGAUGACAAGUCUGGCAUCACAUUCCAGGGUAUUCACGUCGAUUCGGGCUUCAAGUUCGGUAUUGCUCUACCAGAGAAAGCCACCACCGACUUCAUCGCUCAAAUUCAGGCACCCAUCACCAACGAUGGGGGUUGGGCGGGUUUCAGCAUGGGGACAUCCAUGACUGGUAACCUGCUGGUUACUGCGUGGCCUCACCAGGGCAAGAUCCUCUCGUCGUUCAGAGAGGCAACUGGAUACACCAACCCGGCCGUCAAGGAAGGUGACUUUAAGAUGUCGCCUAUCCUAGAAGGAACCUAUGUCAACGACACAGCAUUCUCGUACACAUUCUUGUGCUCUAAAUGCAUCAGUGCCGAUGACCCACUCAAAGGCCUUGUCAUCUACAAAGAACCUAACGUGAAUGUCAUGGGCUGGGCUUAUUCCGACAAGGCAUUAACCGACCCGACUUCCGCUUCGGCUGUCCUCAACUACCACGAUGCUGGUUUCGGCAUGUUCGGACUACCCAUGGCCAAUGCUACCAGUGCCGAUUACCCCAAGUGGGCUGCUAUGGCUGUGGCUGGUACACCUGGUGCUGGUAACUCUACCACACCCGUCUCUGGCGGUAACUCAACGGCCCCAGUGGCCCCAGUUGGUGGCAAUGCGACUGUUGCCAACGCAACUUACGACUAUAUCGUCGCCGGAGGAGGCGCUGCAGGUAUCAUUGCAGCCGAGAGACUCGCUGAAAGCGGUGCUUCUGUACUCCUCAUUGAGCGUGGUGGCCCAUCCUACGCGUCUAGUGGAAACAAGGAUGUCCUAUCGUGGAACGACACGGUCACAAUGUACGACGUUCCCGGCUACGGCUACUAUCUCAGCGAUAUGGGCACCCCCGCAUACUGCUCCGACACUGCGGACAUGGCGGGUUGCCUGCUCGGAGGAGGUACAGCAGUCAACGCUAUGAUGUACGUCAGGCCCCAGGAGCGCGACUUUGACGACAAGUGGCCGGCGGGCUGGAAGUGGGCUGAUGUGUCCGCCGCUGCUGACCGCCUCUACGAGCGCAACCCUGGACAGACUCACGGUUCAGAGGACAAAGUCCGCUACGAUGACGGAGCGUACGGUGUUCUUUCCAAAUUCUUUGCCGGCCAGGGAUGGACCGAGACCGACUUCAUCAAGAACCCCAAUUCCAAAGUCAAUGUAUACGGCCACCCUCCGUGGAACGUCGCUAAUGGUCUCCGCUCCGGUGUCGUAAGGACCUACCUUCCCCUCGCGCAGAAGCUCAAGAACUUCAAGUUGAUGAUGAAUACGAAAGUUGUUCGCGCUGUUCGCGAAGGUUCCAAGGUUUCUGGUGUCGAGAUUGAGACAGCAGCUGGUCAGCGCGUCAUCUACAACGUAAAGGCUGGAGGCAGCGUCAUCCUCGCAGCUGGUUCCAUGUCUACACCCCGUAUCCUUUUCAACUCUGGUAUCGGCCCGACUGAACAGCUUCAAACCGUUGCUAGCGGUAGCACUGGCGUCAAGCUUCCUGCCAAGGCCGACUGGAUCGACCUCCCUGUUGGAGCUGAGAUCAAAGACCACCCCAUUUUCACCGUCAAGUUCAACACCAGCGCACCUCUAGCCGGCACCGACAAGAAUUCUCUCAUCAAGCCCAAUCAGACUACCGUUGAUCUCUUCGCCAAGGGUUCCGGUGUUCUUGCGGAGUCUGGCCAGCGUCUCAACUGGUGGUCAUCUGUCAACACCACCGACGGCAGCGAAAUCUUCUUCCAGGGUACUUGCAACUCACCUGCCGACAACACCAUUCAAAUGAAGGUUUACAUCACCCAUGGUCUCAAGUCAGUCGGUAGCCUUGGAAUCACUGCCGCUGGUGCCACAAACUUCAUCACCGAACCCCACAUGAACUCUGACGUGGACAAGGAAGCCAUCACCAUGAUGAUGAACCGUUUGAUCGCUAUGGCUCAGGGUGGUAACUCUACACUCAAGCUGAUUGCGCCUACCGGUGUAUCCAACGUCACCGGCGCGGACCUCAUCAAAUCCUUCAAGACAGGCAGCCACUACGUCGGCACAGCUAAGAUGGGCAAAAAGGGUGAUGCCGGCGUCGUUGUCGACACCAACACAAAAGUCUACGGCACCGACAACUUAUUCGUCGUCGACGCAUCCAUCCACCCCGACCUUCCCACCGGAAACACCCAAGCUAUUGUCAUGGUCGCUGCCGAGGCCGCCGCAGCUCGCAUCCUCAAACUUGGCGGCGGCUCAAGCAAGCCCGAUGCCCCAGCUUCCUCUUCCAUCCCUGAUGCUACCAGCUCCAUCGUGCCAGUUACCUCUCCCACAGCACCCACAGCAACCAGCACUCCCGACGCUCCCGCUCCUGAGCCCGUAAUAUCUGCGACACCCGUCUCACCCCCCUCACCCAUCGCCACCUCUCCCACAGAGUACCCUGCAGACCCACCAGCGCCAGUCGAGUCCGUCCCUGGUGCUCCUUCCGAGCCCGCUCCUCCUAUGCCUGCACCCCCCAUGCCUGCACCCCCCACGUCCGCACCUCCCUCCACCGGUGGCUCAGGACCCUACGAGCGCUGCGGCGGCCAAGGCUUCACGGGCUCCACCUCGUGCACCAACGGCUGGAAGUGCGUCUUCCAAAACGACUGGUACUCGCAGUGUCUACCCGGCUCAUCAUUUAAGCGUGACCUUCGCCAUGCCAGUUUUGCUAAACGCGAGGUGGUGAAAGGGAGGAAACCUGUUGGUCCUGCGCGUGUUCAGUCCAAGGUAGAAGGUGCUUGA